AUGGAGAGAGAGGAAGAGGAUGGAAGUGAUGAAGACUGUGAGGAGAAAUGUCAGGAGAAAAGGAAGAAGGACGAAGAGUUUGAGGAAGAGGAGGCAGACACAUUGAGGGAAGAUCAUGCAGAACAUUGUGGAAUUCUGAGGAAAAGGAGGAAAGUUGAAGGAAGUAGUGAGGAAGAGGAGGAGAAAGCUGAUGAGAAGGAGGAGGCUGUCGUGCGCGCUGCACUCCGCCGUGCGUCCGCGUCCCUCUCAGCCACAAAGUGCCCAAAGCACCCGGUGCUUCCCGAGCCGAGCCGAACCGAACCGAGCUGCACCGAGCAGAGCCGCGCGUCUGCUCCCACCCCCACCCCCCAUAAAAACGCACCCCUGCACCACCAACCCCCCCCACCCUCGCUGUUGUGUGGCGAUGGAGCCGUGACCACCCUCCGCGUGCAACCGGGACCUCGUGUUUCCGUCUCUUGUCUCUCGUGUCUCUCGUCUCGUCGCCGCUCGGAGGAGAGGAUGCAGCCGGGGAAGGAGGCGCGCUCCCUGCGCUCGGGAUGCUGGAGGCUCACGCUGCUGUCGUGCGUCCUGGCGAUGCACUUGAUCCCGGGGCCCGUGCACGGAAAUGUGUCUGGGACCAACGUCACCGAGCCGGACAACGUGGUCAACGCUACCUCCAUCCUCACCGAGGGGGAGGGGCCAGCCAGGGCCAAUGACAACAUCGCCACUGUCACCGCGAUGAGCAGCUCCGCCCCUCCCGACGCUGUGGCCCAGAGGGCGGGCCGCAUCCCCCGCGCCGGCGAAGAGGACGAGCAGAGCAGCGGCAUGUUCGGUGAGUCGGUGGUUCCUGCGGUGGAGGAAGCCGGUGUGGCGGCCCCCCCCCCCCUCAUCCCCGAUUCGGCCGAGACGGAGCUCCUCCUGCCCAGCAACCCCCUGAAACCGGAUGAGGGUGAGGGUGAGGAAGAGGAGGAGGAGGAGGAGGAGGAGCGUCUGCCGAACACCGACCCCCCGUGGAUCCACUCCAAGGACACAGCCGUGUUUGACCUGGACCGCCUCUUCACCACCACUGCCCCCCCACCGGCCGUCACCAGCCCCUCCACCCCGGACGUCCUCCAUGUGGACUUCUUCGACCCCUCGUCUCGCGGCCGCAGCCUGGACCUGGCCCCGGCCUCUCCUUCCUCCCUGGCCCAUGAGCUGCAGGGUGGGGACCCGACCUCCUGGGCCAUGCCGGACAGCUACGACUACCUCACGCCCUACGAGGACGGCGUGUCCCCCACCGCCGACGAGUACACCUACAGCACCACGACCGAUGCCUACGAGAGCGAUGAAGACCUCCGGCUGUCCGCUGGGUCUCCGUCCCGCCCCAGGCCCCGGGUCCCGAGCUCCUUCCUCCCCGGGGCCACGCUUCCUGGUGCCGGAGCUCCGGUUCCGAACGCCCCCCCCGCGGCCUCGCCGGUGGACGGGUCGGACGGGCUGGGCGGAUGCCGCGCCGGCUUCCAGGCGGUGAACGGAAGUUGCCGCUCCCCCUGCGACAUGCUGCCCAACUACUGCUUCAACGGGGGACAGUGUUACCUGCAGGAGGGCGUGGGAGUCUUCUGCAGCAGUAAGUACCGGCCUUCAUCGGAGCAGCACAAUGAUAAUUUCUCGCUGUCCACCAUCGCUGAGGGCUCCCACCCAAAUGUAAGGAAACUGUGCGACACCCCUCCUAACGUCCCUCAUGCCCGUGCAUUGGCUUACUAUGAUAACAUUAUCUGUCAGAAAACCAUGAGCAGAUACACCUGGGAGUGUAAGACCAAAGAGGAGUCCGACUGCGAGGAUGAUCCUAAUUCCCAGAACAAGCUGGAGGACCCGGUGAAGGCCUCGCCCAAGGAGGACGACUCCCUGAACAUCCACAACUCUCUGACCCCCAAACACGAGAACCACAAGGUCCUGGGCGAGGACAACUCCUCGGAGGUAAACUCACUGCAGAACAACAUGAUGUGA